AUGAACACAUGCUUGUUCUACACCCAUCAAGCCGCUGUGACGUUUGCCUGGAUCCCUAUAGUUGGGAUGAUGCAGCGCAGUCACCUCAUGCUAUUCCUUGCGGUCACAUCUUUUGCAAAACGUGGGUGGUUCGCACCAUAUCCUAGGAACAAACUAACUCGAGGUGUGCAUAGUUGCUUGGGGGCUGUAACUCCGAGCAGCUGCCCGCUCUGCCGCAAGGCCUUCGCUCCGGAUCGAAUCAAGAAGCUGCACGUUGACAGGCCAGAGAAUGUAGACCCCGGACAAGAAGACGAGACUAGAGAGACAGAGUUGCUGCGAAGUCUCUCGCUGUCGUGGGGAGAGAAUACGCCACAAGAAGACAUUGAGGCCUUGACGGGAGAGGUAACCACAUUCCUGGAGAACAAGGCCGACGAUGUGUGCAUUGCCCUUCGUAAAGCCCGAGAUGGGGUUUUACAGUACCAUAAACUCCAGAAGAAACGGGAGAAGGAUCGAGCAAUGAUAGUAACGAUGAACCGUCUCCUCAAAACCACCAUUGAACGUGCAGAAGAAGACAGUAGACUGUCGAAAUCUAUUGAAGAGAGUCUCAUACUCGAAAGAGAUCGCUUUAAGACGUACGUCGUUUAUUCCGAGUGUGAAAUUGUCAUCGAGAAGCUCAAGGCUGAUCUGGCGAAAUACCAAUAUACUACGAAUCCCCUCCCGAAGCCUCCGGAACCUGUUCCUAUAGAUAGAUAUCCUGCCUUCGCAAGAGCUGCAGCAGCUGGGCUGCGCUUCGCUUCCGAUCCUCAUGUCCCCCUCUCGCCUAAACAUCAAACAAACGGAUCCUCCGCAGAACGGAACGUUAACGGAGCCUCGACCUCCACUCGACCUCACGAGGAAUAUGUUUCUCCCGACCCGACCGUUCGUGCCGAAAUUGCUGCUAGAGAUCGGGAGUCUGCCGAGCUACAACAGGCUGAAGAAGCUCGGAGAAGGGAGGAAGUUGCUCGGAGGAAACAAAAACAACCUCUCUACAAUACACACCGCUACCCUGCCACGGACACUGAGUCUAGCGGUAAACGGAGCGACCUGAUUCCUGGCGCUUCACCUAAUCAACGGGUGAUACCUAGUUCAUCAACUGCGUUGCCACAAGGUGUGAGUGGAUGGGGUCAACCUGUUGCAUCUGGGUCAUCUAGCUUGCUAGGGGAAUCUAGCAAUGGUUUAGAUGCCGCUGCUCCUGCAGGAGCAUACGUCGCAGGUUAUGCUCGUGGUUAUGGGUAUGGUUACAAUUACGCACCGUCGAUGAAGACUACAGUAAGCCACGACGGGGUUUUGUCCAUGCCGUCUGCGCAGUCUUUACAGCAUGUGGUUCUUGAAGAGACACCACGGGUUGGGUUGGGUUUGUACAGUGCGACCCCAAAUCGUCACAGGGAACCAGAAGAAAGUUUGCUACAGCCCCCUCAAACAGCGCCAGUGUCUACGACCACGACCUCGUCAAGACCACAUGGCUAUCACAGAUCUUCUCGAUCUCGGCGAGAUAGCACACCCGCAGAUGGCCAUGUUACGGACUCCACAAUCACCCCAUCCUCUAGCUCAUCCGGUGCCCAUCGCUCUCGGAGACGGUCAACGCGGACAGGAAACUCCCAGAACCCCCCAUCCACCGACUCUGAAGCACAUGUAGCUACUCCAGCCUCUCGCACAGCGUCCGACCGUGAAAGCAUAUCCUCCUGGGGGACAGUGCCGUCUAACCAGCCGCCGGGUUCUUCUGGUAGCAGCGUCGCUGAUCUCGGCCUUCAUUGGUUCCCCCCUGGAGCCGGGGUGAGGACGAGUGCAUCUUCUGAUAGCUCCAGGAAUCCAUACUUCCCCUUCGCCCCGCGGGAACCACCAAACGGUCCCGAGAGCGUGUCCAGCACUUCGGCUGCGAAUACCAGCGUGGAUGCCACACCCCGAGCUUCCGAUCAUGCUAGACCAACCGUCACGGAUCCCUUGCAAACCCUGUCCAUGCUCCUUGAGACAAAUACCAACCUGGGAUCGAGACACGCACGAGUGAUAAUUGAGGAUCGACCAAGACCAUCACGACACUCCACGUUGCCAGAACAUUCCACGCGACCGUCGAUUGCAUCGGCUAGGACAGACGGCCAGUCGCAAGCUAAUGGGAGCUCAGACGAGCACCGCAGCCAUCGUCGGCAUCGUCCCCGGCGUGGAUCCACCACAACUGGGAUAUUGCGUAUCAUAGACGAGAACGCCACACCUUCUGCGCCGCCUGUGGCCCCCGCCCCUGCUGUCACUUCGUCCGGUGUGGUGGAUGAGGGCUACCUCAGCGAUGCCCCACUACCAGCGAAUCAGAGCUUCGGAAAUGCCUUGGGUCUCGAUCUGACCGAGGAACCGCUCGCAUCCAACCUCGUCAUCUCCGCACCGACGCCAAUCGUCUCUACACGAAAUUUCCUACGAUCCUGGAGUUACGAUCAUUAA